AUGGCCCCUGCGACGAAACAAACAGCGAAGGCCAAUGCAAAACCUGUGUUCAAGACAUCGUCGCCAUUUUCUGAGACGCAGUGGCCCGAGAUCACACGCGAGGACGAAGAAGUCAUAUUAGAAUUGCUAUCCAAAACCUAUAUCCACCCAUCCAAAGGCAAGAAGCGCAACCGUAACACCAAGGCAAACGAGGAUGGCCCCGAGAACACAUCCCCAUCACCGGAAAUUGGCAAUCACUUGCUCGUUGGCAUCAACAGUGUCACUCGGCAUUUAGAGGCCUUGGCCGCAAAAAACGCUCCGACUACAGCACCUGUUUCGUAUCCCGAGUCUGCUCUAGAGGGCACCAAAGAAAAACCCCCGACGACAGACUGUUCCAAAGAAUCUCUCAGACCCUUAAGCAUGGUCAUACUAACACACCCCAAGCCCUCAUUAUCACCCGCACAUGCCCACUUCCCAACGCUGGUCCACUUGUCGGCUCUCUCCCCAUCAUCUGCUGCUUCGGCCACAUCCGAGACAGCUACACGACUCAUUCCAUUGCAGACAACAGCGGAUACCCGGCUCGCGUCUAGCUUACACGUUCCCCGCGUAGGUGCUUUAGGAAUUUACACUGGUGCGCCGGGAGCGAAAACUUUGGAGCUAUACGUCCGCGAGCACAUUGGGCUGACAGAGUGCAAGUGGGUCGGCGAGGCUAUGAGCGCAGAGUGGAAGGGAUUGAAUGUCAAUAGCGAGAUCCCUGGCUCAAAGUAG